GUUAGCCUUAUCGCUCUGGUUGUUCCCGGAACAGAGAUCCAAGGCCUUGGACAGCAGCUGUUUAUAACGUUGCCUUACGCCUACUGCAUUGCAUAGAGAAGUGGGAUAACAGUUGUGUUCCUGAGUACCACGGCACUGUUUGUGUUCCUGAGUACCACGGCACUGUUUGUGUUCGUGAUCAGGGUGCUGAGAAUACAAGAAUGAGGGACUUGAGCUGGCUGUGUAACCAUUUGUGUUGUUUGUUAUUCUUCGCGCUGUUUCUCAGCUUAGCAUUCACUGCAGAUGUGGAGGAGAUUGAAGAGUCGUCUGAAGCUACAAAUGUGGGGGAGAGGGAGGAGUCCACAGAUGCUGAUGAUGAUUCACGGUCAACCUUGCAGAGUGAGAGUACUCCAGCUGAAGAGGAGGAAGAACUUUCCACAGAGUCUCAUGUUAUAGCUGGGCAGAUCAUUCAUGCCACAGAGGAGCAACAACAGGCGGAACAAAGCAAGGAUGUGUCACAAGAGUCAGAGAUCGUAGCAGGUGAUGCCAGCAAGGAGCCAGAUUAUGUGCCUGGUGCUGCUGCAGGAGAAAAGGACAUCUCUGAAGGAAAAAAUGCUAUUAUUGCAGUUGGAGGUAACUCCGCUGGUCAGGCCUGUGUGUUUCCAUUUUUAUUCAUGGAAAAGGAGUAUAUGGAAUGUACCACUGAUGGCAGGUUAGAUGGUCGGCUUUGGUGUGCCACGACCUACGACUACCAGAAAGACCAAAAAUGGGGUUUCUGUGAAACUGAAGAGCAGGCAAACAUGAGGAGGCAACUGCAAGAGGCAGAGGAUCUCUACAUUACGGGGAUGAAAAUGGUCAAUGCAACCAGCAAGAAAGCACAGAAGAGAGAAGGAUACAAGAUGCUGAUGAAAGCUGCAGAGAUGGGCAACACCAAAGCCAUGGAAAAGGUGGCAUAUGCUAUGCUUUUUGGUGACUACAUGGAUCAGAAUGUACAAUUAGCUAAAGACUUUUCUGUGAAACUGGCAGAGGAAGGAUCACCAAAAGGACAGACAGCUCUUGGUUUUCUUUAUGCUGUUGGACUGGGCUUUAACUCAAGUCAAGCCAAGGCAUUGGUUUACUACACAUUUGGAGCACUUGGAGGAAAUUUAGUUGCUCACAUGAUAUUGGGUUAUCGGUACUGGGCUGGGAUUGGCGUCUCUCAGAGCUGUGAAUCUGCACUCACUCACUAUCGUCUAGUCGCCAAUCAUGUUGCUAGCGACAUUUCACUGACCGGCGGCAGUGUAGUGCAAAGGAUUCGACUGGCGGAUGAAGUGGAAAACCCAGGAAUGGCUAGUGGAAUGCUGGAAGAAGACCUGAUACAGUAUUAUCAGUUCCUGGCGGAGAAGGGAGACGUUCAAGCACAGGUAGGCCUCGGUCAGCUGCAUUUGCACGGUGGGCGAGGAGUGGAGCAGAACCACCAGAGAGCUUUUGAGUAUUUCAGUCAAGCAGCAAAUGCUGGGAAUUCUCACGCCAUGGCCUUUUUAGGAAAGAUGUACUCAGAAGGCAGUGAAUCUGUACCUCAAAACAAUGAAACAGCACUUCAUUAUUUUAAGAAAGCUGCAGACAUGGGUAAUCCAGUAGGCCAGAGUGGACUUGGAAUGGCUUACCUUUAUGGAAAGGGAGUUGCUGUGAACCAUGAUCUUGCACUGAAGUACUUCCAGAAGGCUGCUGAGCAAGGCUGGGUGGAUGGACAGCUUCAGCUGGGAAACAUGUAUUACAAUGGCAUUGGUGUGAAACGGGACUACAAGCAGGCCCUCAAGUAUUUUAACUUAGCCUCUCAGUCUGGCCACAUCCUGGCUUUUUACAACUUGGCUCAGAUGCAUGCCACAGGUACUGGGGUGAUGCGAUCUUGUCACACUGCUGUGGAGCUGUUCAAGAACGUGUGUGAGCGAGGUCGGUGGUCAGAGAGAAUGAUGUCGGCAUAUAACAGCUACAAAGAUGGCGACUUUGGUGCUGCGUUGGUACAAUAUCUUCUGCUUGCGGAACAGGGUUAUGAGGUGGCCCAGAGCAAUGUGGCAUUUAUUCUUGAUCAGAAAGAAUCACAGCUGUUCCGUGAGGAAGAGGUUUAUCCCAGAGCACUUUUGCACUGGAACAGGGCAGCAGCACAAGGCUAUACUGUGGCUAGGAUAAAACUUGGUGAUUAUCAUUUCUACGGCUAUGGCACAGAAGUUGAUUAUGAAACAGCACUGAUCCACUACCGACUCGCUUCUGAACAGCAGCACAGUGCACAAGCCAUGUUCAACCUUGGCUACAUGCAUGAGAAAGGGCUGGGAAUAAAGCAGGAUAUUCAUCUGGCAAAGCGUUUCUAUGACAUGGCAGCAGAGGCAAGUCCUGAUGCUCAAGUGCCCGUCUUCCUGGCACUCUGCAAACUAGGGGCGUUGUACUCACUGCAGUAUUUACAAGAGCUCAGUCUCAAAGAAGUGUUCUUGCAGAUUGACAUGGACCAGCUGUUGGGACCAGAGUGGGACUUGUACCUAAUGACCAUCAUUGCCCUGCUUCUAGGGACUGUAAUAGCAUACAGACAGAGACAACAUCAGGCAAUUCCUAGACCAGCAGCACCCCAGAACGCACAACCACAGCAACAGCCACAGCCAGAAGGACCCCCAGGACAGCAAGAGCAACCACAGGCAUGAAGAUACCCCGAUUGUAACAGGAGCAGCCACCCGGCGUGAACAGACUCUGCUUCCCCUUCACAGACUGAAGACAUUCUCUGAAAUGUUAACGUGAAAGGCUAGUCUCAGAGACAAGUUAAAUGCUUAACUGAAAAGCUGCUUAGGAAGUUUCCUUUUCAGGGAUUACAUAACUCUGCGAACACUGAACUAAUUUCUUCUGAAUUGCUAUUAAAAUACUUUUCAGAUUUUAUGCACACAACAACGUGUACAGCUUCAGCAGUUUUGUCUAAUGCAUUUCGAAUCCGGGUGCUACACUUGGAAGUGUUUGUGUGUUAGUUCUACAAAAACUCCCGUUUUUCAUCCCAGACAUAAGAAGAGGAGCUACAAAGCAGGUGUUUCUUAAUCACUGUUUUUAAAGGCGAAUUAAGACAUCAUUUUUGUGGACCAUAUGUCCUCUGGUAGAGACUUACUUGAAACUGAUGUCACGGUCACUACUAUGCAAUAGGCACAGUGUUGCACUGGUUGCAGCUAUAUCCAUGUGUUAAAUAUUUUUUUCCUGUUUUUGAUUCUGUGGUUUUAUGAUGGCUGUAUAUUGCUGCACUUUGCCUCCAACAGUCUAGUUAACAUGCAUCCAUUUACUGAAUUCAAAUAAGCAAAUGGCCCCAGUCUUGAGAUCUUUUCAAGAGUGCUUUAGACAUUCCGACUUUUCAUACCAUGUCAGUGUGACAGAGUACUUGUAUUGCAUUCAUUUUCUGUAAGAAUUUGCUCAUUGGUUGUGAAGUAGACAUUACAGACUACCUAAGUUUCACAGUCAUCCUUUCUCUGAUUUUAUUAGCUGUGCUAGGGAUCUCCUGUGUAGUUUUGAAGUUAAAUUAUGAGCAGAUUUGACCUUCAAGUGAGAAUUUUUGAGGAAAUACAAACACCUAUGCAAACUGGUGGAAAAUAAAACCUGUGUUUGUAACAGGCAAGAGUGUUAAGUGAAAUGCCGGGGUGUGAUGUGCUAAUUGUAGACUUGCAAAUGGAUGAGUGCUGUGAGACCUGCUGAGCUAACACCAUCUGAAAUUUUCGCACAUCAGUUUUUUGAAAUUUCAUAUUCUUUUUAGUCUUCCAACUAAAACAAAGUGUUUACAGUUAAAAGUAACAUAAUUUGAUACAAUAUAAGUACGGUUAUGGUGAGUUUUGUUAAUUUAUUUUCCACAGACAGAGAGAGGUUAAUUUCUCCGUGUUGUGGUCAUCAGGGGAAUCUUAUUGCAGCACUAUUCCGCAUACCACUAGAGGGAGCACUUUGGCUAAAGAUCUUAAGGUCCACACCUCUACUCAUUGUAAAUCUCCUCUCAAUUCAGAGAUGCCCAACUUGUUUUUCUUCCCUAUGCCCUUAUGUUAGAGUUGCCUCAUUGAUUCUGACAGUUGAGUUUUGAUUAAAUAUGAAAAAAAACUUGUUAAAAUA